UCAAAACAAAGCUAACGGAAUCUAGCGUGUAGCAGAAACCGGAUAUGACGCAAGCGUACGCGCCGAGCGGCGUGGCUGGCCUGGCAGCAGCGGCAGAAGCAGCGCUCCUGUCAACAUGUCGAACGAUGAGGCAGGGAAACUUUGGGGGGGACGCUUUGUGGGCGACACGGAUCCAGUCAUGGAGAAGUUCAACGCUUCCAUCACUUACGACCAGAGGAUGUGGGACGCCGACAUCCGAGGCAGCAAGGCUUAUGUGAAGGCGCUGCAGAAGGCCAAGUUGGUCACUGAAGAGGAGAUGCGGCAGACGCUACAGGGGCUGAGCCAGAUUUCUGAAGAGUGGGCCAAGGGUGUGUUCCUUGUCAAACCUGGAGACGAGGACAUUCACACGGCCAAUGAGCGCAGACUCAGGGAGCUGAUCGGCGCCGCAGCUGGGAAGCUCCACACUGGCCGCAGUCGGAACGACCAGGUGGUGACCGACAUGCAGCUGUGGCUUCGCGACGCCAUUUGCACCCUGACCCGACACGCGCUCCAGCUGAUCUCCACCAUGGUGGAGCGCGCGGCCGUGGAGGUCGACGUUCUGGUCCCUGGUUACACCCACAUGCAGCGAGCUCAGCCAAUCAGAUGGAGCCACUGGAUCAUGAGUCAUGCUGUUGCCCUCAGCAGAGACGUGGAUCGUCUCCAGGAGGUGAAGAAGAGAGUGAACGUUCUGCCUCUCGGCAGUGGAGCCAUCGCUGGAACACCGUUCGACAUCGACAGAGAUAUGCUGCGAAACGAGUUGGGAUUCGAGGACAUCAGCCUGAACAGCAUGGAUGCCACCGGCCAGAGGGACUCGGUCGUCGAGUUUUUGUUUUGGGCUUCCUUGUGUCUGACCCACCUGAGCAAGAUGGCGGAGGAUCUGUUGCUCUACAGCACCAAGGAGUUUUCUUUCCUCGCGCUGUCGGACGCCUACAGCACCGGCAGCAGCCUGAUGCCGCAGAAGAAGAACGCUGACAGUCUGGAGCUGAUCAGGAGCAAAGCAGGUCGAGUCUUCGGCAGGUGUGCAGGUUUCAUGAUGACUCUGAAGGGCCUACCCAGCGCCUACAACAAAGACCUGCAGGAGGAUAAGGAGGCCAUGUUCGACUGCUACGACACCGUUCACGACGUGCUGCAGGUGACGACAGGCGUCAUGUCCACUCUGAAGAUCAAUCCCAGUGUGAUGGAAGCGGCUCUCAGUCCUGACAUGUUGGCCACUGACCUGGCCUACUACCUAGUGAGGAAGGGGGUUCCGUUCCGAGAGGCUCACAGCUUGUCCGGGAAGGCCGUCUUCAGUGCCGAGUCCAGAAGCAUCCCUCUGAAUCAGCUGACCCCGGAGGACCUGGGCGCCAUCAGUCCUGUGUUCGGAAGCGACGUGUCGUCGGUGUGGGACUACAGGAGCUCCGUGGAGCAGUAUAGCGCCCCCGGGGGGACGGCCAAGAGCAGCGUUGUUGCUCAGGUGGAUCAGCUGCGGAACUGGAUGAAGAAACACGCUGUGUGAUCUUCAGCUGCCAAAGGUCUGAAUCAGGAUCACUGCCGGAGUCCAGGUGCCUGCUGAGUCAAUAAAUCCACUCUUGACCGCAA